GUGGGAAGCUAACAAACAGAAAAAAGAUCAUAUAAAUUUCAGCCUCCUCCUCAUCAUACCCUUAUAAAACCACACCCCUAACUUUUUUUUUUUUUCAUUUUUGUAGAUCAUAUAUUACAAAAAAGAAAAAAAGAAAGAAAGAAAAAGAAAGAUAUAAAGAGAAACAAAAUAUUGAAAGAGUUGAAUCCAUGGUUUCUAGAGAGCACAAGAAGGCUGCAGCUCUUCAUGACAACCUCCAAUUACUUCGCUCUAUUACCAACUCUCAUUCUCAGCUAAACAAGGCGUCGAUUAUAGUGGAUGCAUCGAAAUAUAUCGAGGAGCUAAAACAAAAAGUAGAAAGAUUGAAUCAAGAUAUAUCCACCGUUCAAAAUUCAAAUCCACUUUCUCAUCAAUAUUCUCCCAUGGUAACAGUGGAAAGGGUAGUAAAGGGAUUUUCUAUAAAUGUAUUUUCAGAAAAGAGUUGUCAAGGUCUUCUUGUCUCCAUAUUAGAAGUGUUUGAAGAGCUUGGACUUAAUGUUAUUGAAGCUAGGGUUUCUUGUACUCAUACUUUCCAAUUACAAGCUAUUGGAGAAAUUGAGGAAGAAGGAGAAGAAGCCAUUGAUGCUCAAACUGUGAAAGAAGCAGUAGUUCAAGCAAUAAAGAGCUGGAGCCAAAAUGGUGAACAAGAUUAAUAAAUCUAAUCUCUACAAGGAGAAUUAAUUAUUCCCCCCCUCCAGAAGAAAACCCUUAAUUUCUCCAACUUGUUUUAAUCGCGGCGUUUUUUGUUAAUUAUUAUUAUUAUCUCUAUCUGUUUGUAAUGUGGUAAAAAUUAAUCAAUGGAAAAACCGAUUGAUUAAUGUUCUUCC